CUUCAAACCUAAUGACCCUCAAUUAGUCCAACCAAACGAAGCAAUAGUGUUAGCAUUAACCCCACCCACCUCCACUCCCCCAAUAUCCAAAAAAGAAAAUGAAAUAAAAAAAAUCUAGGGUUUAUAAAGAAACCUUGAUUUUAGUGGAGAAAUAAAAUCAUCGAGAAGCAUCCAUGGGAAUGCAGAUGGCAAAGAGCAGACCUGGUAAACGAGACUUGGACUCUUAUACCAUUAGAGGCACCAACAAAGUUGUCAGAGCUGGGGACUGUGUGCUGAUGCGGCCAUCAGAAGAUGAUAAGGCUCCAUAUGUAGCACGUGUAGAGAGAAUUGAAGCUGAUAACCGCAACAAUAUAAAGGUGCAUGUUAGAUGGUAUUACCGGCCAGAGGAGUCAUUGGGAGGGCGGAGACAAUUUCAUGGAUCGAAGGAGCUAUUCUUGUCAGACCACUAUGAUGCUCAAAGUGCCCACACUAUAGAAGGGAAGUGCAUUGUUCACUCUUUCAAGAACUACACUAAGCUUGAGAACGUCGAUCCAGAGGAUUACUACUGUCGGUUUGAGUAUAAAGCGGCAACUGGAUCUUUUGUGCCAGAUCGUGUUGCAGUGUAUUGCAAAUGUGAGAUGCCAUAUAACCCAGAUGAUUUGAUGGUACAAUGCGAGGAGUGCAAGGACUGGUAUCAUCCGGCCUGUGUGGGCAUGACUAGUGAACAAGCUAAACAACUAGCUGACUUUGUUUGUUCCGAUUGCUUAUCCGAAAAGAAGAAGUCUCAGAAUACCUAUGCUGCAUUUCCUCUGUCUAAUGGCAAGGUAAAGUGAAUUUCCUUAAUCAAGCGUCCGGUAAAUGCAUUCAGCUUACAAAAGUUGAGCCAAAGCGCCAGAAGAGGUAGGCGGAGCUGUUGUAAAGAUGGAUUGAAGCUAGCUUUCAUGAUGUUUAGGAUGCUCGUCAGGAUUUUGUACAGUGCAAUGAACUGGAACUAAUGCCGGUUCUUUGCAUAGAUUAGCUGUUGUCUGUUAUGUGCUCCUUUUAUCAGGACUUGUAUGUACCUAGUAUUAGCAGAUGAUGACGGUCUUUUGGCAUUUGAAACUGAAGUAACAAGGCAGCCUUUUGGAAUGUGAAUCACAAAAUUAGUUUAAACUUUUA